AUGGCCCGCAGAGACCUUCGUGCGGUUCUGCAGACCCUUUCCGACCAGUCCCUCAAGACGUCGCGCCGUCUAGACGACACCUACUAUUCCAUCCUCGAGAAGGUCUCCGUACUGCGCCAGACCAUCGGAACACUGCAAGAGCUCUCUGGCUUGACCAAGGAACUCCACGAAAACUUCGAGUCGGACACCACAGAGUUACUGGAGGAUGUGACUGGCCAAGUAGAAGCCUUCGAUGGCUUCAAGACACAACAGGAGCAAGUGAGCGGAUUAGAAGAGCGCAUCAAGGCGGGCAAAGAGAAAGCCGAUGCGCUGACGGCGAGGCUCGAACGAGCGAAAGAGCGUGUCGAUGCGAGGGCCAAGUCGGAAGCGCAGUGGCAGGCGAAGAACACCCAUCGAGUGCGCAUAUUCUGGGCUGUAGUGGGCUUUGUAGCUGCACUCAUACUGGCUCUCGUUUUCUUCCGCCCGUCGCAACCGGCCGAUAACCCACACGAACCGAAGAACACACUCGAUCCUGCGACCAGAGAGGCAAUCUUGAAUGCCGACAUUCCAGACAUAGCGAAAGAGGCAAUCAUAGGGCCGUCAUCCAGUACUGCAAGUCCAAAAAUGGAGACACCCGAAUCGCAGCCUGUACUAGAUGACGAUGAGAGACUGCGCGCAUUCGACGAGUUGUAA